GCAGAGUCGUCCAUUGCACCAGCAACCAGUUCACCAACAAGCUCCCUCAUCGGGCCAGAGAGUGUAUAAUGGACAAUCCAGUAACCACGUGAGAGCUCCAUAUCCUCAACAGAGUCCUCAGAAUGGCAUGCCAAUGGCGCCCUACCCUGUACAACCGUACCCCGGGUUCGUUAAUCCUCAGAGUGUCAGUAAUCUCAGCACAGAUUCCAUUGGACACAGGAUUCAGAACAGAGACGAGACACAAGUUGAUAGAGAGGUCCAGCAGUACUCGAAGCAUCACACAGAGGUGCCUGAUUAUCCGUCUCUGGGGAACCACGGCAUGGGGAGCUCGCACAGUCUGCUGUCUGUUUCGAGUGGUGAUUCCAAGGAGACAUACUCUUCGAGCAGUGGUGGGCAUCAGAAGCAGCGGCCAGUGCAACAGCCAGUGACACCGUCAGUGCCACCGUCAGUGCAACCGUCAGUGCAGCAGCGAGAAGCUUACAAGCAGAGUACUCCAGCCCAGUACAAUAGAGCACCUGCGCCGGUGCCAGGACAAGUACCUGCGCAAGUGCCAGGACAAGUGCCACUACAAGCACCAGGACAAGCACCAGGACAAGUGCCACUACACAGCUCACAUCCCACUGACCACUCGAUCCCACGAGACACAACUCGCUCUUUGGAGCAGCUCCAGAGACCGCAAGAACCACUACCAGUGCAACAAGAACAAGCAAGAAAUGCGGCAAAGACAGAUGCACCAAUCUCACAGAGGUACGAGGAACUACCCAGCCAGAAUCAAAGGCCAGCUCAACAACCUCCUAUUGAAAAGAAAUCCCCAGAGAAGAAUAUUGCUCAGCUCACUGCUCAAUUGGAGAAAGUGUCUGUAUCUGACAGCCAAUUGCAAAAGUUCAAUGACAUGAGGCUCAAAGCUCUCUCUCCAGCUGGAACCAAUGACUCUCAACUACAGGUUGAAUGGGUAAAACUACUUUUGGCCUUAGCAUCUGACAAGGAGUUUGUCUCAAAGUACACUCUCAAUGGUGAACUGAUGAAAUCAAACCCUCAUCACUCAGAGAUCAAGAAGAAUACACACGCAUUUAUAAAGCUCGCCAUAAAGACCUUGAAAACGGUAUGCAACGAAGGUCAAAAUGCUGAAGCGUUGUUCAUUUUGGCAUCGUUAUAUUCAAAUAUACCGACCAUAACAGUACCAAAGCCAGAUCUUUUGGACCGUAACCUUGAUAAGGCAUUUGUGCUGUACGUCAAGUCGGGAUCUCUGGGCUAUCCACUAUCUCUUUAUCGAUGUGGAGUCUCGUGUGAAUUUGGUAUUGGAACCCAUCAAGAUGAAGAAAGAGCAUUGGAUUACUAUAAAAGGGCCACGGACUCAGGCUGUAACCAGGCAAUGUUCAAGAUGGCGUUGAUAUACGCUGAUGGGCUCCUGGGUGUACGUCGCUCCGCAACCAAGACUGUCGAAUGGCUUCAACGAGCUGCUGCACAGGCUGAUGUUGAUACUCCACAUUCGCUUUUCGAACUUUGCAAGGUUUACUCAAGAGACUUCUCCUUUAUGAAGAAUCCGUCUCAUCCAGAUAUCGAGUUUCUGAGAGAAUUGGACAGAAUUGGAGUGCUCCAGGACGACGAAAAGGCCUUGUACUACUGCAAAGAGGCUGCACGUCUGGUAUAUCCACCAGCACAGUGUAAGCUUGGUUGGUGCUACGAGUACGGAAAGAUGGGGUGCACCAUCGACCCUAAGAAGAGUAUAGGCUGGUACUCAAGAGCUGCUAAGAAUGGGAACGCAGAGGCAGAAAUGGCACUAAGUGGCUGGUAUCUGACCGGUGCAAAGGGCUUGCUCGAGGCUAACGAUAGAGAAGCAUUCCUAUGGGCCUUCAAGAGUGCCGAGAGCGGGUUUGAUAAGGCAGAGUAUGCUCUUGGAUAUUACUACGAGGUUGGUUUAGGCUGUGAGCGUGAUUUGGAGAUGGCCAGGAAGUUUUACCAAAGAGCAGCGUCCCAAGGCCACGAGAAGGCCGUUGAGAAGCUACGUGGAAUGAGGGAUCUCAGAUGAGUGGUUGUAUUAAUUAAUAAUG